AUGGGUAUACCACCCAUCGUUUAUCCUAACCAUUGAAUGAUCUGUAUCAUGCAAUGACCCUAACUGGCUUAAUUACUCCUGAGAACUAAAAGACUUUUGCUUAUUUAUUUAGCUUAUUUAUAUACGUCGAUUGUAAACGUAUACGCAACGCGUGCGAGGUUAUAAAACUUAUAAAUUCAGAAACAUAGAACAGUGACUGAUUUUCAACUAAUAUAAUACGAGCAGUCAUGGAGAACAGUCGUGUCAAUUUGAGCUCCGCAAAUUCAAGCCAAAUUCUGGCAAAUUCAUUGUUGGAUUUUAUGAGUGAAAGUGUUAACUAAGAUACCUACAAAUAGUGUGGAAAGUAAAGUACUUUCAUCUCUUGUUUUUAUUGACGAAAGCGGUUACUGCUGGACAAAAUGACUUAAAGUUAAUCGGCAAAUGGUCAUUGCCUGGCGGUGAAACGAAGUUAUUUAAGAACACCGAGAUUAUCCUUAAAUGGACUGGGCAAACUCGAAAGAAGCUGAUAAUUGAAAAAGACAGCGAAGUAAAUCUCGUGGCGAACACGCUAAAACGUUUAUGCAAUGGUGAUGUGUUUUGCUUAGAUACAGCAACGGCGUGUAAAGAGUCGAUUGAUGACAAAGCUACUAAGCAAUCGGUAGCGGCUGACUCUGAAUUUUCAACUAUAUGGGCGGCAAUAAAUGGGAUUCAAGACGUGGUGACGGCCAAAUUGGAAGAAGUAACAUUAGCCCACGACAUCAAACUUAUAAGAAUAGAAGCUGAGGUAUGUAAAGUACGAUCUAAUUACGAAAGGAAAAUUGAAAAUUUGAAUAAUAAAUGUCAUGAAUUAUUGCUUAAACUUGAAUGUAAGAAGGCGCUCGAAGAUAAAGUAAAUAAACUUGAAGUUUUGGUUGGCAAUCUUAAAGCCGAUAUACAGGAUCUACGAAAUGAGAAUGGUUUGUUCAAAUUGAAGCCACGGUUGUUUAAAAACUCCACGCCUAAAGUACAACAAAAAAACACCGGGAACAAUGACCUAGACUUAAUUGGUACAAUUAACAUUCCUGAUGAACCGAUAACUAUUGUUGAUAAACAACCCCAGGAUUUAAAUAAAAAUUUAGAGUUAAACACCUCUCUCUCAGUUAGCAAUAAGACUUCUCGGGCCGACAAAGGAUCGGUGUACAAUCCUCAGAUGAAUUCAGUUAUUGAAUGUAUUGAGGCAAGAAAUCAACCUAGAAGCAAUCCACCGAGAGGGUCACAUACGAGCAAUGUUUCCAAACGUAAUUCCGCUAUUCCCAGCCAUCCUUUGCCCAAGCACUUGGUACCUUGCCCAUUUCUAAGACGGAGAGGCUUUUGCCUAAAGGUCCCUUGGGUGACUUCCAGCAUAAAGAUUCUCAAUCGUCUAAUAAUCCAACCAAUAAUUCGUCGAAUAACCCGUUCUAUUGUUCGUCCAAUAAUCGACCAACAGUGUCCAAUAACCUACAACGAUACCCUCAUAACUUGGGCUAUACAUCUUAUCACAACCUAUUACUAA